CAUACUGUAUCUCGGCUAUCGCAACGAGAAGCUUUAACAAACGAGCGUGUUGCGCUAGAAGAGCAAGUUAACCUACUGACUUCUCAAGUCGCUGAAUUACGAACUGAAAUCGAGCACCUCUCGGCCGAGUUAGAAGCGACAGGCUACGAAGGACUGCUCCACGAAACUCGACGCUCUCUCAUGAUAUCAAUGAAGGAUGAGUACACAAAGAUGAAAAAUGAGCUGUUACGUCUCAGACUUGCUAAUCAUGCGUUACGCAUUCGCACCCGAAAUGCCCUCGAAACAUUCAAGCUGACGAAGCCCUAG